AUGCAGGUGCCCGCCCGCAGCGGCGCCGCCGCCGUGGAGGCCGCCGAGGCGCAAGCCAGCCACCCAGCCCCGGAUAGAGGCGUGGUGCAGGCUGCCAAGCGACAUGCGCUUCGCUCGGCAACGACUCGAGACGGCAGGACGCGGAGCGCCUGCCCCCCCACGAAGGCCCCAGCCGCCAAAGAGGCCGAGUCCGGCACGCCGGCGACCAGAGGCCCCGAGGCGAAGAAGCGCGGCAACACGCCUUCCUCGGCGGCGGCUGCCCACUCGGGCGCCGAGGGACAGCUGGCGACCCUCUCUGGAGGGCGCAGAGGCCAGGCGACUCGCGCGGCGAAGCUGCUGGCGGAUAUGGGGAAUCUGAAUCGCCGCGAGCGCCAGAAAGACCAACUCCCCGCGAAGGGUGGCGGUGGCCGCAGCGAAACCACGUUCCCUCUCGCGCACGCGUCCACCAGGAAACUCGUAAAGACCGAAAACGAGAAGAAGCACACGCCGCUUGUGGGGGCGCCCGGUGGUCGCCUCUGCUUCCUUGGCUCGGCGGGCGGCGGUGUAUAUACACCUAAGCAGAAGAAACAGGGCGGCUCCAGCCGCGCGGCGAGGGUGACGGAAGACGCGGACCAUGCGGAGGCUGCGGCGGCACAAAUGCCAAAAAGUUCCUUGUUUCCCUCUUCCCUCAGCCUGCGUGAGGAGGCGCGAGCGGGGGCUGAAGAGUCUCUGGAUGCGGAAGGCGACAGGGAGAUCGAGAACGUGCGCGUGCAGUCUCAAGAACCUCUCAGCAACCCUCCAAAGACCGCCAGUUCUCCCGACGCGCCGCCGUCAUCUCGUCCUCCUCCGUCGGCGUCGCGGGCUCCAAAUGCGUCGUCUUCUUGCUCGCGAGACGCGUCUUCUCCUAUCUCUGGAUACGCUCGCUCCUCGUCUGUCGUCUCUUCUUCUUCAGCCGCUUCUUCUUCGUGUGCGCCAGCACUCGCGCCUUCCGCGGGCGGGGCUGCACCGAUUCCUGCGCUCCCUUCUGUUCACCCGUCCUCUCCGUCGUCGGCGCAGCGUUCGCUCCUUCGGUUCAGUCGCAGCAGCUCCAACGUGUUUUCGCCUCUGCGGUCGGCGUACUCACCCUUCUCGGUGCGCAGCCACGGCAGUGCGCGCUCGGCGGACGGCUCGCCGUCGGGCGCCGCCGCCUGUGCGGCCGUGCCUUUGCGCCCAGAGAUGUUCCUCAACUUCGUCGACUCUGCCUUCCUCGUCUUCCCUGCGUCGAGGGAACACGCGCGCGCCGCUGCCGAGGAGGCGCUGCGCGCAGCCGCAGACGCGUCUGCCCCCCGCGAGGCCUCCCCCUCCGCGGGCGCGGAGCCAGACGGCGCACGAGAGGGCAAGAGAGAGCGGGGGAGCGCCGCCGACGCAGAGGCGCAUCCCGAGGGGGCGGCGGCGGCGGAGGACGCGACGCGCGACCGCGACUCGUGUGCAAAGAGGCGCCGGGUGCUGGGCACUUCAGGCCGUAAGAAGGGGGAAGCGAGACUCCCAGUAGCCUCGGAAGGCGGCGGCGGAGGCAGCCGGGCAGAAGCGGCAAGUGCGCGCGAGUCUGCGGAGGGAGGACGGCACGAAGAGGAGGAGGCGACUGCGCACGGAGGCGCAGCCUCGCCGCAAGAGGAGGGCCUGUCGAGCUCCGGCGCGCCGCGAAGCGCGCCAUCGGCCCCAAGCCUCGCGCCCGCCUCGCCUGAAGGCGGAGAAGACUGUUUCGCGCGCGGCGAGGCAGACCGCGCGGAGCCGCGCUCCACCUCUGCCUCUUCGCGCCCGUCGAGUUCGGCGUGUUUGCCUGUUUCUGCGGCCUCGCCUGAGCAGCGCCGGGCGCGCGUCCCCUUCUCCUCUGCGCUCUCCUCGUGCGUGGUCGCGGGCGCCUGGCCUGGCGAGGACCUGCCGCUCUCUCCCGCGUCGGUCUCGUCUUCCUCGUCGUCCGCCUCUUCCCCCGCCACUUCGCCCCUGCCGUCGCUUCUGCGCGCGCGGCGGCGGCGUCUCAGGGCGCUCGCUGGAGCGGAGGCGAAGCUCUCGCUGGCUGACUUCCUCCGCGAGGAAGGAAACCGCCUCUUGGAGAGCGUCAAGCAGCGCGAACUGAUGCACACGCUGCGAAGCACCGCCCUCGAGCUGCCUCACCCCAACCGCCACGGCGUCUCCCUCAUCUACGGGCCGCGAGUCCCUGGCGACGACGGCUUCGACUACAGGCAAGGACUCGACACACACGGAGAAACACGGCGGAACGCCAGUUUCUGUCCGAUACCGGAGACGAUUAUGCGACUCGCACCUGGCGCGCUGAUUUUUCUCACCUCGAAAAUUUGCAUGCCUUGCGUCCUCAGAUUCCGCGAAAGGAUUCGAAAUUUGGCGCACCAUUCGCCCGACGGCAUGCUGUCGGUACAGCAACUCGUCCUCGAUCUCGACAUCAACAUGAGCAGAGGCUGGGUGCACUACGCCAAGGUCAUCCUUGCGGGAAAGGUAUCGACCUUCUUGCCUGCUGCGUGCGUCUGCAACUGCGUGUUUGUUCGCUGGCGUCUGCCUGUUUGCUGCGUCGCAGAACCGACCCCUACACUGAGUUUCUUCUCCGUCGCCCUCGCCAGGAGGCCGCCUGCAGCGCGUCGACACCCGCACCCGCGUCGUGAGAUUCCUGACGCAGCUGCGUUCGCCGCGCUGGGUGGCGCUUCCUCUUCGAGCGGUGAUUUCCUCAAAAGCCACGCAGAGGCCGCGCAGGCCAGAGACCAAGGACUUUCGCCGGCGUUUCGUUGA